GCGGCGGGCGGCAUGUACCGGGGCAGGGGCGCGCGGGCGGCCGAGCCCAGCUCCCCGGGGCUCAGCACCGCGCAGCUCCGCUGCCUGCUGCAGGACGAGCCGCAGCUGAAGCGCAUCGUGCGGCUGAGCAUGAGCAGGAAGUUUCAGAGCUUGCAGCUGGAGCGGGAAACGUGCCUGGCUUCGAACUAUGCCCUGGCCAAGGAGAACCUGUCCCUGCAGCCGCGGCUGGAGAACAGCAAAGCCUCACUGGCCAUAAAGUACCAGGAGCUGCGGGAGACAAGGGAGGCGUGUCAGGAAAAGCAGCAGCGAGUGGAGACCUGCCUGAGGAAGUGGAGCCCGCAGAGCGCCCUGAGCCAGCUCCAAGCUGCUCUGGACGCAGCCGAGGCGGAGUCGGAGGCGCAGGUGGCGAUGUUCCUGGGCCGGGAGCUGCCCCUGGACGCCUUCCUGGAAUUCUUUCAGCAGAGCCGGAUGCUGUCCCAUCUCCGCAGGACACAGGUGGAGAAACUGGAGCAGCUCCUGCGGAAGGAGAAGCAGCCCAGGUGGCUCCCCACGUGCUGCGAGGGGCAGCGAGCUGCCCCGCUGAGCCCAGCCCGAGCCCAAGUUGCCCUGGUGCAAAACGCAGCCUCCCCCAAGAUGUUCCAGCUCCGCUAUGGCUACACCCCUGCCCUGCUGGUCCCCUCUGACGCCAUCGUACCGUUCCCUGUGCCCGUUGCCCCUCCCAGCCGAAACCUGCCUCCCCUGGCCUCUUGCUCAGGCCAGUCGCCACCGGCUCACUCCAGCAUCCCAUGCCUGGGCUCCCCUCUGCGUCUGAUUGGACACAUCCCCCUGCUCAGCCCGCGGCCUUUCCGCGUGCAGCAUGCGCACCUGUCUUACCCACAGAAGCAGGAGCCGCCCCACCGGUAGCUGUUGGGACGAUGAGAUGUCCUCAGACCCGCGUCCUUGACAUACCAGCCGACCAGCGCACGUGAGCUUCUUGUGCUAGAGAAUGAAUGUGAACCAAACACAGCCCCCGCCAGCUGGGCGGCUCGAAGGCGUCGUUCACGCCCACCCUGGGUUCUCAGGAAGCCUCCAUGGGGCGCUGCAGCCUGCAGGGGUGACGUAAUGAACUGCUCCAGGAUGCAGCUAGCAGUGGGGUCUGUGUGGCUGCCAUGUGGCCAGAGGUGGGAGCGUCAGAGGCAGCCUGGCAGUGGUUAAUUAUAAUGGGGGUUUCCCAAGCAGCCGGGUGCUGAAUUCUGGCCGGUAUUGCAUGGGGGCGUCUGAUUCUGCAGCAGGCGAGGGGG